CAUUCAGACAAGAUGUCGAGUGGGCUUGUUCGAUUCUGCGCAGACGUACAGAAUAUGAAGGAUGUGGCUGUACUGUGGCCGGUCGAGAACGAGACGUCGAACGCCGUUCCUGUGAAAUUGGAGGAUAUUCAUCAGAUUAUACGGGAACUUGUUACUGGGAUUUACGUUUUUAAUGAGAUCCCGGAUGUGAAGUUGGUUGGUCACUAUGACAACAGUGGAGCUGCUUUGUGCAUUUUGCCUUUACCUUAUGAAGACACGCGAGUCGGUCAGGUGCUGAUUGAUGCCAUAGCUGGAGUCAACGCUCAUCUCAAUGGUGUUGAGUUUCCUUCAGAGAGACGUCGGCGAUUUACACAGACGUGGAGGGAUGUGAUGAAAAUUGGGAAACGAGAGAAAACUCCACCGACAACGACAGAAUUAGAAAAGGUGUAUGUAGACGCUGGCUCACAAGAAGUAACGGACUUCCCUUUUAUUGACAUAAACCAGGAUGGCGAAAGUUUGGAUAUUCGCUUGCUGUAUGGAAUUACAGUAACUGGAAACGGCAUUCAACAACACGACAAUGUAUUUGUUAUGGAUCCGCAAUGGAAUCCAACGUCAUACUUUAUGACGCCCGACGACUCUCUCGACAUUUGCGAUCACAUCGAGAGUCAUCGAUCUAUCCAAACUCAUUUUGAUAUUUUUCGACAAACAAUGGACUCGACUUCUGAACUAAGGCACAACUUAGUUCUCCUUCAGUUCAUUGGAUGUAUGAUACAGUUGUUGACCGCUUGGAAGUCUCGCUGCAAAGUGCCUGAUGUUGAAUCAUUUCGAUUGCCUCUGAGAGCGGAUGAUUUGAAAACGGAACGAGAGUUGCCUCCUUUGUUUGUCACAAAUCCAAAGUGUGAGAGUAGUGUAGGUGUCAGUGGGCAUCUUGUACAGCAAGAAGGAUUUAUAAAUUUCCAUAAGAGCAUUUGUGAUUGUGUCCCAGUGGGAGAGUCUAUGAUGCAACAAUAUAGAAGUCUGGCAGUGAAACACGACUAUGCAGACUCGGACCAGUUUGGUCAUUCACGGAUUACUCUUAAUGAUCGUUUCUACGCCGUUCUUUGCUUGAAACUGGAAAGCUAUUAUGCAACAUCUCCGAAGCUUCCUCCGUGGAUACACGCGAUGGUCAACGAAAUGUCGAAUCAGGUCGCUGGAAUUCCAACUCUUAGUGAUUCUCGAAUACAAGACAUUGUGCGUCAACGAAUUGGUUCACGUCAGGCAUCGAAGGUUAAGUCGUCUAAUGCUCUUCUUGUUUUAUCGGCUCAACAUGGCUUUAGCUCUGUUAUUGAGGUGGUUGCGAAAAGAAGUGCACAGACACGAUUGAGCAAUGCGUCUAAUGAUGACGGUCUUGCAUUGCUGCAUCAUGCUGCAAUACAUGAUCAAGUUUGUAUCAUUCAGUUUCUUGCACAACGAGGCUGUGAUCUCAAUGUUCGACGUCUUCACUUGUCUGAAGGGUUUGUUUCACCGUCAGCUGGUCAGAUGGGAGAGACACCGCUGCAUGUAGCAGCUAGAUUAGGCUGCUUGAGUAGCGUUUGUUGUCUCAUAGUCAAUGAUGCCAAUCCCUGUCUGUAUGAUGUCAUGAAAUGGAUGCCGAUUCAUCACAGUGCAUUUCAUAAUCAUUCGCAGAUCGUCCAUUAUUUGAUAUCAAAUAACAUGUCAUUGUUAGAGUCAAGGACUGAUGACGACAGAAAAGCAACUCCUCUUAUGCAAGCUACACUCGGUGGAUCUCUUGAUGCCGUCAAACAGCUUGUACAGUUGGGAGCAAGUUUGGGUGUUGUUGACGGGUUUGGAAAGAGUCUAGUGCAUGCAGCUGCCAUGAACCUGCAUAUUAACAUCUUGCUGUUUUACGCACAGUGUGACCCUCCAUCACUUCGUAUAUUUCACUUAUUGGUUGACAUGUUGAAGUCUCCUUUGGAAACAAGAGAACCAGAACUUGCCGCUCGAUGUUUGGAUCCUGUAACCACUGCCCAUGCAUCAUAUUGGGAGAAACUCGUUGAGGCUGGUGGUGUUAUUGCACUUGCUCAUUUGUUGAAAUCGUCAGAUGUUACAGUGCAGGCUUGUGCUGCAUUGGUCUUACAAAAUAUAUCAGGAAAUUCUAUUGUCCAACGAGCAAUCGUAGAUUUAAAUGCUGUUCCUGAUCUAGUCUCUUUGCUGAAGGCACCAAAUGCUGACAUACAGUCACGGUGCUCGGUUAUAUUAGCCGACGUUGGCACAGUGGAUGAUAACUGUGACAGCAUAGCAGCGCAAGGUGCCAUCGAACAUCUUGUUUCGCUUCUUCAUUCUGGGGACCGCACAGUACAGUUGAAUUCAGCUAAUUGCAUUCGUGUGCUGGUAGAUGAAAAUCUACACAACCAGUCAACAUUUCUUUCGUACAACGGCAUUCGGCCACUAAUAAAUCUUCUCAGUUUGGAUUCGGAUGAUAUUCAAGCAUGUGCAGCUGAGACAGUAAAAGCAGCAACAACUCGAUUUGAAGAAGCACAAGAUGCUUUUGUAGACAACAAUGGUAUUCGGCUGCUCAUCAUUCUUCUUCGCAGUCGUAAUCCUCGUGUGCAAGUACAGGCUGCUCGUGCAAUGGAGGCAAUCGCUGAUGGCAAUGUGAAGGCACAGACAAGAAUUAUGUUUGGUGAUGAUGGCAGUGCCGGUCGGACACAUCCGAUUGGUACACACGCAUUGAAACGACUAUUAAAAUUCAAGACUCCAGAAUUGAAGAUUAAGGGAGCAUCGGCUUUGUGGUCAGUUGCAGGGACAACAGUAGCCAAUCAACGUCACGUAGCAUCUCUAAUAGGUAUUGACAUGCUUAUCCAAUUGCUUAAUUUACGAAAUGAACGGCUGGCGAUUGUAGCAUCUCAGGCUAUCCAUGCACUUUCGAGUGGACCGGCAGCAUUUCGACACAGAAUUGGGGAGUCGGGUGGUGUACUGCCUCUUGUGAGACUUUUAAAGCCACAGGAUAACUCCAGUAGAGCUGUUCUGAUCAACGUUGCUCGUACUCUGGUUUCGCUUUGUGUAGGUCCUGCCAAUACUCCUCACACUGAAAAUCAGAACACAAUUGCUGCAGGCAGAGGUGUUAUCUAUUUGGUUGAACUGAUGGACAAACAUUCUGAUCUUUUAGUUCGAGCAAAUGCGGCAUGGGUAUUGUCGUGCAUCUCAUUGGGAAACAUGCCCGUUCAGCAAUCUGUUGUCACCUGCAUCGACUUUGAUUUUGUUAGUAUUCUUAGAAUGUUGAGGUCAAAGUCAGACGAGGUUUGUCUAUGUGCUGGUAUGGCACUUGCGAUGUUUGCAUAUAACAGCUUGACUCAUCAGAAAGCAAUACGAGAUGUGGGUGGCAUCCACUAUUCUCUAUUUGAACGUUUCCUGCAGUCAGAGCAAGAGACACACCGAGGGUAUGCAGCCUUUCAGACUGUCAUUCUUGCCAAAGUGUUGAAGGGUCCAGGAGAGCUCAAGGUUACCAUUCGAGGUCUUGAAACGCUCAUCUCUCUUCUCUACUCAAAAUCCGAAGAAAGUCAGAUUGUUUCUGCCGACUGUUUGGCAAGUCUUGCUCAUACACGAGCCGGCAUUUCAGCUGCUAUUACCGCAGCAGGAGGAGUGAAGCUCUUACUGAAAAAACUUGGUUCUCCGGUUGAAGCAAUUUCAGCCAGUGCUGCUACAGCACUUGGAUACUUAACAUUUAAUAGGACAGCUGCAAGAGAAAUGAUGACGGCUAUGCGUACUGAUCCACGUCUCUAUGACGUGUUUCAUCGUCAUACGAUCCAUGGUAAAGUGUCUCCAGAGUUUGUGGAAAACUGGCAGGAGACUGUGAAGAUUGGAUUGCCGUCGUUGUUUCUGGAAUCUCGAGGUGGACCUCCUGUGAUUGCAGACAGGAAGCCGCUGGAUGGCAGAAUAUCUGUACCUCUUUUGGGUUGGCAUCCGAAUGAUGGAGAUGUUCCUAGCCCCUUCAGAUUUAGAGGCAGAUCAAAAAGUAUCAGUACACAAGGCAUCAGAUCGACCAAACCAAAGUCAAAACGAUGCAUCUCGGCUCCAGCAAACAUCCCAAGACAGCAGUCAGUGACUUCUAUUAGUGUAACAUAUUCGUCUACAACUGUAAGCCGGAAGAGAUCUGAACUAAAAGGACCUUUAACUGAUGACCAUGUUAGUAUGCUAUGGAGCAGACAGCAAGCGGUGACCUUCGAUGAUAUCAACAGCUGAGU